CCUGUAUCAUGUGACGUGGCACUCGACGGACAAAACUGUAGACGGAACGAUGCCUGACGUUACUAGUAUACCGCGUGUACAGAUGUUCCUUUACUUUACAUAUAUGCAUUGACUUGGCCUUGACUAAAUGCAAUACACACUCUUGGAAGCACAAGAUGGCAGCUCGAAUAGUCAUUACACGGCACCGCGCACGAAGAAAACUACGAAUCGCCCAAAUAGGACUAACAUUGUAAUGAUAAUAAUAAUUGGAAUAUCUGUUCUGGUUUAUAUCGGGAUAUCACUUGGAUUAAAACCAGUCAGGAUAGGAAGUAAAGCUUUAGAUAGUUUAGCCUUUUCGCUUAAUCUUCGAAAACCGUUUUAUGCGGUGAUUAUCGAUGCAGGUUCGACUGGAAGCCGUGUACUGGCUUUUAGUUUCCACGAAUCGAUAAUAGAUUCAAAUUUAAUUUUGGAUGACGAAUUAUUUGAGCAGAUAAAACCAGGGCUGAGUUCUUUUGCCGAUGAUCCAGCAAAAGGUGCUGAAUCUCUGGAAAGUUUAAUAAACAAAGCUAAAAAUGUUAUACCAAAAUCAGAAUGGCAACAUACACCUUUAAGUAUGAAAGCAACAGCAGGUUUGAGGCUAUUACCAAAAGAAAAGGCCAACAAAUUGCUCGAAGAGUGUGAAAAGAUGUUUAGAAAUUCAGGUUUCUUGACUUCCAAAAACUCAGUAUCUAUAAUGGAUGGUACUGAUGAAGGAAUAUUUUCCUGGUUCACAGUCAAUUUUUUACUAGAUCGUCUAACACCACAAAGUCAUCAAAAUACAGUAGCUGCAUUAGAUUUGGGUGGCGGGUCCACACAAGUAACUUUUGCACCUGAUAGCAAUCAUGUUAAAGGUCAAGAAAAGCAUAUAUUUUCCAUCAAUGCCUUCAACAAUAAUAUAAGCAUUUAUACUCAUAGCUAUUUAGGCAUGGGGCUUAUGGCUGCUAGAAAAGCAAUUUUAACAUACGGCCAAAAUUUAGAAACAGAAGAAAACACUCCCUCUGCGGGAUCUAGAGUUGAGAUACGUUCGGAAUGUAUUAAUCCUAUAAUAUCCACUGACUGGAGUUACGGUGGAGUAGAUUACUUAGUUAAAGGCCCACUUAAUGGAACCCACAAAGUUGUAAAGACCCAAAAUUUUGGUGGGGUCGACGAGGACAGACCGGUUGUGAGAUUCGCGGAAUGUUUGCAAAUUGUCAAGAAUUAUGUUGCUACUAUCGUUAACAAACCACUGGGAUUAGAAAACCGAGAAAUUAUGGCAUUCUCGUAUUACUUUGACCGAGCCACGGAAGUGGGCCUCAUUGAUCCAUUUUCUGGCGGAGUUGUUACAGUCGGUACUUUCUUGAAGCAAGCCACGGAAAGCUGCGACUAUCCGAAUACCGACCAACCGUUCAUGUGCUUGGACUUGACAUUCAUUUACGUCUUACUUCGGGACGGUUUUGAUUUACAACCAGCAACUAAAUUACAAUUGUACAAAAAGAUUAAUUCUCACGAACUGAGCUGGGCUCUAGGGGCAGCGUUCAACAUUUUGCAAAAUGGGCUCUGAUGUGUUUAUAUAUUAGAUUAAAAAUUUUAAUAGCAAAAAAUUUUGCAACGUGUCAAUGGUAUGUGAUAUGCUGGUACUCCAGGAGAGAACUAUUGUUGUAGAUUUUAAGUAAGU